CUGGCGCAGGAGAAGAGCGGCUGGGCAGCCCCGUGUGCUGUGCUCGCCUGUAUGCUCCUAAGCACGUGCAGAGUGCCGCUUCUCUCCUGGCUGUCUCGAGACGUGCUGGUAGAGGCUGGUGUGAGGCAUGGAGCUGCGCCGUUUCUCUCCCCGCAACCCCGACUGCGCAAUGGCCGGCCCUCUUCCAUCAGUAGGAAGAGGCUUCUUCCAUUCGGCUGUGAUAUAGUAGUAAUGACAACAACAGGAAAUCCGGGUGCUGGUGUACUUUGAAACACUGAGCCUAUCCACCAGGGAUGGCGGAGGAUCAGGAGCCAGCACAGCCAUGCAAGACUCUUCUUGAGCCCUCGAUCAAGAAGUGUACCAGCAACACGUAUCGCAGUGCUCAACACUCACAGGCUUUGCUGAAUGGCUUGGUAGCUCUCCGAGACAGUGGUAUCCUCUUCGAUGUCAUCUUGCUUGUGGAGGGGAAGGCUAUUGAAGCUCACCGCAUCCUCCUGGCUGCAUCAUGUGAUUACUUCAGGGGAAUGUUUGCAGGUGGACUAAGAGAAAUGGAACAAGAGGAGGUCCAGAUCCAGGGUGUAUCUUACAAUGCCAUGUGUAAAAUCCUAAACUUCAUAUACACUUCUGAGCUGGAGCUCGGCCUGCACAACGUGCAGGAAAUACUCACUGCAGCAUGUCAACUUCAGAUCCCUGAGGUGAUCAAGUUUUGCUGCGACUUCCUCAUGUCUUGGGUGGAUGAUGAGAACAUCUUGGAUGUGUAUAGAUUAGCAGACCUUUUUGACCUGAGCCAUCUGAGUGAGCAGCUGGACUCCUACAUCUUGAAAAAUUUUGUUACAUUCUCAAAGACAGAAAUGUACCGCCAGCUGCCCCUUGAAAAGGUCUAUGCCCUUCUCAGCAGCAACUUAUUAGAGGUCACCUCUGAGAAUGAGGUCUACGAAGGGGCACUCCUUUACCAUUACACACCAGAGGAAUUGGAGACGGAUCAGGUCUCCUUGAUGGAACCUCCUAAGCUGCUGGAGACAGUCCGUUUUCCCUUAAUGGAAUUCCAUAUUCUGCAGAGGCUCCAUGACAAACUAAGCCCAUGUCCAUUAAAAGAGACAGUGGCUAAUGCAUUGAUGUACCACAAGAAUGAAUGCCUUCAACCAAUGCUUCAGAACAUGCAUACACAGCUGAGGUCAGAGUUUGAGUGCGUUGUGGGCUUUGGGGGUAUGCAUUCUACUCCAUCCAGAGUUCUUAGCAACAAAGCCAAGUACUUAAACCCACUGUUGGGUGAAUGGAGGCACUUCACUGCACCGCUGUCCCGCAAAAUGUCCAACCAGGGAAUUGCAGUUCUCAACAACUUUGUCUACUUAAUUGGGGGAGAUAACAACGUGCGAGGUUUUCGAGCAGACUUCAGAUGUUGGAGGUAUGACCCACGACACAACAAAUGGUUCCAGAUCCAACCCCUUCAGCAAGAGCACGCAGACCUGUGUGUCUGUGUUGUGGGCGAGUACAUCUAUGCUGUGGCAGGACGGGACUACCAUGAAGACUUGCGGGAGGUGGAAAGAUACAACCCCCAAACCAACACCUGGGAAUAUGUGGCUCCCCUCAAAAAGGAGGUAUAUGCACAUGCAGGAGCUACUUUGGAAGGGAAGAUGUACAUCACCUGUGGGAGACGAGGGGAGGACUACCUGAAAGAGCUGCAUUGUUACGAUCCAGCGGCUGAUCGCUGGGACAGCCUGCCUGAUGGGCCAGUCCGACGGGCCUGGCACGGGAUGGCUGCACUGCUGGGGAGGCUGUAUGUGAUUGGAGGUAGUAACAAUGACUCUGGCUAUCGAAGAGACGUUCACCAGAUCGCCUUCUAUACACCGAGCACUGCUCAGUGGACUUGUGUCCGCCCUCUGCCUGCAGGACAUGGAGAACCUGGCAUCGCUGUUUUGGGUCACAAGAUCUAUGUUUUAGGGGGCAGGUCCCAUAACCGGGGCAUCCGCAUGGACUACGUGCAUAUUUAUGAUGCUGAAAGAGAUGACUGGGAAGAAGGCCCACAGUUAGAAGAGGAUAUUUCUGGGAUGGCUGCCUGUGUCCUCACACUGCCAAGGUCCAUCCUAAUGGAUGUGGAGAGGUGGGACCCUGAGUGGCAAUGUGGCAGACUGCAGAAUCCCCUGGAUAUUGCUUCCACAGUCAUGAGUCUAUCUGAUUGGGAGGAAUUUGAUAAUUUGGACGAAGAUUAACCCAAGGCACUGGACUCUUUUUCUGACUUUUUUUGCUUUUCCCCUUGCUGUAACUGAGCCAAGUAAUGUGACCCACUCUCACUUUGCUAAGCCCCACUGUUGUCACCAAGCUUUGCUGCCUUUACACCUUGUGACAGGAGGCAGUUUGGUUGCAUUGACAGUCCUUGCAGAAAGAGCUGGCCAGAGCCUACUGAAAAUAAGGCUAGGAAAGGGCUGGGUGGCCUUCAGUGUGAGGGCACUUUGCACAAAGGGGUGGCAAGUAGUCUACCCCUGGUAAGGAAAGGCUUUUAGGAACAGGAUUUCUGUGUUCUUUAUCAGUAAACUGUGAAUUUAUAUUAAAUUAUUUACUGACUUGAAAAAGCAUUUGGUACAAAGAUGGCUUUGACCACUGGCCUGCCACAUGAGACCAGCUGGUGAGCGAGAUAAAGAGAGGUAGUUUGACAUUGCCUUCUUCUGCAUAGUGACCUGUCGAAAAGAAAUGAGAGGCCCUAGUAAUCUGCUCCCCCACCAUCCCUUCUCAAACACAAGUAGUUUUUCAUCUCCAUUCUGUUUUCAACAGUGCAAUUCAGUCCUGCACAAAAAGUAGGAUCUCAAAUUGUUGAUUUUUUUAAAGCAACACUCCCUGCAAAUUAUUUAGAAAAUGUGUAUGCCACUGUCCCGAGACCUGCUCAAGCUCUAGUGUACCCUCAGAAUGCAGCUGCUGCUGCCCACACCUUGUUAGAGCUCUGCUUCCUGGUUUCAUUCAAAGAAUAUCAGCACCAUGUUAAAAAUGACCAUCCCACAAUGCUCCUUGUAUGGGCAGACAUCUUCUCAAAAAACUUAUCUGCUCAGGUAGGUAUGCCAGCCUGCUGAUUCAAGUAGUAGACAAGAGAACCGAGCCACAAGAAAAUAAUUUGCAACUACUCCUCUGGGCUCAGUGUGUAUCUUAUUCAAAGGGACAAAGAAUAGCAAAGAGAUUAAACAAGUAUUAAUGAAAUAAAUCCACUUGCAUCAGCAGAGGUGUUCCAGGGCAACUAUGCCCUAUCAACUGACAGGGACAAGACUGUGGUUUUGCAGAACACAAGAUGACCAGUAUCCAUGAAGGUAAAAGAUACCUAUGAUUGAACUGAGCAGCAUUCCCCUACCAGGAACCAGUUCUGACAAUCAUUGGAUGCUCAGCUGUUGUAUCAGAUGUUUCCCAACAACUGCAGUCUUAUGCUUGGUUGCUUCCCUGGUGUUCUAUUAUAAUUCCUUGAGACAUAAGCUUAUUUCACAGCAACGUUUUAUUUUUCACUCAAGAGCUGGGGUGGUUGGCUCAAGCACCAAACUAUGGACACCAUAAAAGGCAGGAGAAUGAGUGACAGGCCUGACCCAUGGAUCACAGCCUUCUUGGGAUGUUAAGUAGGUGCCCUGAUGGUAAGGCAGCCACAUCAACUGUUACAUUUUAGGUUCCAUUGAUGUCAGUAGAAUGGGGGGAGUCAGCUUUACCCCAGAAGGCACAGUCCAGCAGGAAGUUGUCUUAUACAAACCUUGUUGAAAUGAGCAGGAGCUGCAUAGCUGUUCAUUUUAGUGGGUCUUGUGGAGAAGUUAAUGGGUGGGGUGGACCGAGGUGCUAUUUGGCUUUUCCACUUCACCCUCCCAGGUGUCAUGGCUGGCUUUCUUUCAGACCUCCAGACACCAGGAAAAUUCAUUAGAGCUACAGUAACAGCAAAAGAAAUAUACAGCAAACAAGACAAUAUUGUACAGCUAGGGUUUUAAAAGAAGGAAAUUGUUGCAAUGUGUGUCAAUUAGGAAUGUUUUUCUUGAGAAGUACUUGUAUCAUGUUCUUUGUGACUACUUAAAAUGCCAUUUGCAUUUAAUGACUGGCUAGUUACUACAGACACUAGUGGCAUACUGUUCUGUGCAUGAGCGCACUGCUGUUGUCUACUCUUGUCUUCUCACCAGCAUAUAUCCUUGGCCAUGGGCUUGGCACAUUCUAAGGGUGAAAUUUCUCAGUGCCAAUGAGUUCUGGUAAAAUGAAGGAAACUGUCACACGUAUCUGCUGAGCUUACUGUCUGUCUCAGCAAUUCUUGGAGAGAUCAGAAGUACAUUCUCAGCUGGUUUAAGUCCCAACUCCUGGGACAGAAAGCAGUACAAAGCAACUCUGACUGGGAGGAGGGGACCUGCCUCGGAACAGAGACAGAAUCAACAAGAGCUCUACUGAGAUCCAUUAAAAUGAGAACAACGUGAAAGAGGCCAAACAGCAAUAUUGAAAAGAGGGACGUUUGAGACAACCACUCUGUCCAAAGUAGCAGAAGCAUCAAAUGUAUAACAGCAUUGAUGAGAGGUUCUGGGAAAAAAAGAAUUGGGGAGGGGAGAUUAGAAAACAGUGAUCCCCUAAAUCAAGUGUGAUCUAAUUUAAUAUGUUUGUUUUGACUUAGUAAAUAAAAUGUGAAGUUUCCUA